AUGUCUGAUCCCAUUAGUUCUAACCCAGACAUGGAGACCCCACUUCCCUCUCAAUACACCUUUGUCCCUACCCUAGAGAACUUCCAUGAAGUCUUACAGGCCAUUAUGGUGCUUGGACAAAGUUCUUACCACCUCAAUGAACACCAGCACACUAUAGGUCACACCCUUGAGGAUAUCACUGACAAAAUUGCCACUAUGCCCACCAGCACUAUGGGGCACCAAGGUCACUUGGACUCAGUUGCCCCAUGGGGCAUUGCCAAAUUCUGGGAGCCACAACUGUUUAAAGGCAGUGUGACUGAAGUCAAUGCCUUCAUGGAUGAGAUACUUAGUGCUGUUGAACUCUCAUGA